GCAACAACAAGCUUUUUUACCACAAUUCAUCCCCGCAAGCUCUCUCAUAAUUACAACCUUCAAAAUGUCACCUCAUCUUCCAACCCCAUCACCUCUCUUCCGUCUCCUGACUCCUCUCCUACAAUCUUUCAGAUCUACCUUCCCCUCCACAACCUCAACAGCACCCCUCAGAACCUUCACCAGCACCCCAACUAUGCACAAAAAGAACCCUAAUAGCAAAACCGAUCCACGAGUAACCCUCAUUCGCUACCAUCUUCAACAUCCCAAGACACCUCGCCCACUGCGCUUCUCACGAACGCGUGCGCUGAGGCAUUGGACUAUCCAUCGUGCAUGGAUGAUAUUAAGGCGAAAGCAGAGGAUUGAGGAGGAGAGCGAAUUAUACAGGUUUGUUUUCCCGCUUCUGCCUCACCUUUGGUUCCUUAUGAGAAUCUUCUCCAUCUCAAUUCCUGUUUUCUUUUUCAAAUUCGAAAAUUUAAAACUUUAUUCAAUAUGAUGAAAUAUUCCGGAUGUUAAACACAUUAUACUCCGAGAGCGCAAAACCCAUGUGGAGAUUUCCGUUGCCUUCCUUCUGAUUGUCUAUUUACCUUUCAAGCCUUUUAAGGCCUGUCUUCAACAUACACAUCUUUCCCCCCUCUUCUCUCCAAGAAACUGACAUCCAUCCCCUCAGACUUCACCAAUCAAUGCACAGCGCAAUGGAAGACCUUCGUCUUCUCGACGGUUCCGGUCAGAAAGAAGCCGGUAGAUUAUAUCGCGUCGCUCUCGAGAAGAAAGGAAUUUUCGGAAAAGACGGAAUCCCAAUUGAGUACGCGAGAGCACAAACCGAUACACCAGCAAGAGAACCAUGGAAUCAUGGAUGGACUACUGAUAAAACUACUAUACGAUGAAUGCAAUGGGUGAUGUACCACGGUACAAGAGAAUAUUGAAAGAUGAAUACCAUGAAGUAAACAUGUGUUACUUGUAUAUUUAUGACGGUCAACUUUGAUGACAUGGGAUGAAAUAUGAUUCGGAAUAUAGACCCCGAACA